AUGAUGGCGCUACUAAGCUUGGGGACAGCUGUUUCUGUCGAAUCUUUAAAUACAAACCAAUCAGAGAGAUUCCCUAGCUGCUGGCAAAUGGAGACCGUCUCGUACCUGUUGACAUCCUGGUUGUACUCCGGAGUAUGCCUGCCAAUAGGUUUAUCAGCAAAAAAAGCCAGCGUUCCUCUUCAAACUAGUUAUGAGUUCUUCCUCAAGCUUACCCCUGAGUGCAUCCUCAAUCUCGCUAUGAUAGGAGCUGGUGGAUGGUUUCAGGGAGUCCUGUUCGACAGGCUAGUCUCUAAAACGUUCCCAUACUUCAUACUCUGCGGGUACCCUUUCAUCAGCCCACAAACAUCUUUUUCCUACAUCAACCUCACUCCUUUGUCUACAACAACGUCGACCCCAACCAUAAGUACGAUGGCAGACCCUACUACUCAUAAUGGGGGGCUCUCCCCCGCUGGGGGGAAAAUUGUCAAAGAGUGUAUUGUCGAGGUGCCUACAGCUGGUAUCAAGGAUAAUCAUAUCUUUUUUGUUACAAGGCCACCUAGCUCCGGCAUGCAAGACACUGGUUUUCAAUUUGCCAGGCCUACACUUCCAGGGAGAGCCUUUAGUUCUCACCCUCAGCCUAGAUGCUCCCAGGCCGUUGGGAGGGAGGGCACGUUUUCAUCCCAGAGCCAAUAUAAUAAGGAGGCAUUGGCGCCAGAUACGACACCACAAAGUGGAAAAGUCGUGACAGAGGAUUUUGGCCAUGCAGACAAUGGAAAGGCCAGGGCUUCUGAAAGAGCUAGGACCGCCUCUCCUUCCUUGGAGAGCGGUACACCUACCAGCUCAGCAUUUUCGAUAUCCAGUCAAAAUAUCCCACCCUCUAUUCUAUCUAAAAACAGAAAAGAAAAUAUUUCUAUCAAUACCUUACAGACUACUGAAGAUGAAUUAUUUAAAUUGCUGAUACAGAAGCUGAAGAAAAGGGAAGUGGCUGAGGCGGCCGCCGCGAAGUUGAGAGAUGAGCUGAAGGCGAAUUUGCGUGAUGCAGGCGAGGACAACAAACUGCUUACGGUUAGGCUAAAGAAUUUGGAGUACAAAUAUGAAGAGCAACAAAUGGAAAAGACCGCUCAAAGACAGUCAAUCGAGCGGUGGAAGGUGAAGUUUGGGAAGGUAAGGGGCCUCAUGGUUGGAAUUGCGGAUCACCAGGAGAGGCUCCUUAAGGAGUAUCGAUCGAUUCGAAAGGAACAGGUUUCUCUAAACAUCGAAAAAGAUCAAAUCAACGAUAGCCUAAACUAUCUCACAGAAAGCACCAAGGGUCUAGGGAAGAAUAUAAGCCAGUACAAAGCCCAGCUUACGGGCGUUAUCCAUCAGUUUACUGCGGAAGAGAACGCUCUCGAAGCCCUCGUUAAAUCAAAAGAAUCCCAAAACAAAGACAUGGAGCGGUUGCUAGAGGAAAAGAAUCAAGCUAUAGAGGACGCACAAGCACUUGCUUGCAAAAUAGACUCUGAAAAGUUAACACUCGAAUUAAAUUCCAGGGAGGCUGAGAAAAGAAUACGAGAGGAACUCUCCAGGGCAAGCUUAAUAUCUAAAGACCAAGACCGUGCUAGGUUUGAGCAAGAAAAACAUACCCUUACCAGGGAAAAACAACAGGCAGAAGCAGAUAACGCUAAACUCGGAGAAGAGCUGGAGACAAUGAAAGCAGAGCUAGUAGGAACCAGUGCUAAGCAUGCGGAGCUAUUGUUCACGGUGGGUAAUUAUCAAAAGAAGCUCGAUGGGGCCGAAAAGGAAUGUGAAACGAUAAAGCUCGCGCAUGAGAAAGCUAUUUUAGCUCUUAAACAGCAUCAAGCCUCGCAAGUAGGAGAGAAACAUAACAUUCAAAAACAGCUGGAAGCUAUCCAAGAGGCGAAUAUAGCAUUAAAACAGGAGAAUUCAGCUCUAAAACUUACCAACAUAGCGAAUCUUGGAGAGCACGUAACCCUAAAGCAGGAGAAUUCGGCUUUACAGCAGAUCAAUGUGGUUAACCAUAAAGAGAACGCAUCUUUACAGCAAGAGAACACAGAUAUCAAGACACAGGUUACAGCCUUAAAGCAAGAAAAUGCAAACAUUAAGGCAGAAAAGUCAAUAUUACAAAAAGAGAACGCACGUAUCAAGGCAAAUAAAGCAGUCACUGAGACAGAAAAAGCAGCUCUUCAAGAAGAGAAUACUAUAUUAAAACAGGCGAAUGCGGAGAUCAAGGCAAACAAUGUGACGAUCAUUGCUGAAAAUACAGCCCUUAAAGAAAGGAAUGACAAGCUCACAGCUGAUAAACUAGAUUGCGCAGCCGGGACUAAUACUCAAUCUAUCAACAUUCUUAAUGAUUCAGAUGACGGUCCCAUUAAGAAAGAGAAAGGGGACUCGUCGCUGAAAGGGAUUCUAAAAGAAACACAAUCAACUACUGCCCCAUCAAUUGAGCGUCCAGCACAAUUUCACACCCCCUCCAAAGAUACUAAAAAGAAACGAUUGAGAGAUGUAAACGCAGCUCCGAGGCGUCAAUCUCGCGUUUCAUCUAGGUUCUUUGAUCCCCAGCCAACCCCGAGUCCUUCUCUAUCGGUGAUUACAAGUCAGCAAGGCCUGACUUGGGCUGUUAAUCAUUCUGUGGAUACUUUUGUGACACAAUCUAGUGUUCAUAGUAGAAAGAGGCGUAGAGAAGAGACAUUCAACAACAGGUUUGGCCAGAAGUAUACCUUGUUAAUCAGUUAUUCAUUAUAUAUAGAUCAUAGCACGAAAUACUAUACAAGGCCCCUAGAUCUAUGUGCCCCUUUGAUUCUUUGUAAGCUUAUUCUAUGUAGCUUUUCGGGUUGCUAA